AUGACAAACAGCGUGGCUAAAACAGGCGACAGACAGACACAAGAUACACAACAGCAGUCACAACAACAACAGCAACCAAAAGAGCAGCAGCAGCAGCAACAACAACAGCAGAAACAACGGCAGCCAAAGCAAAAGCAGCCACAACAACAACAGCAGCAGCAACCAAAGCAGCAAGAACAACAACCAAGGCAACAACAGUAACAACAACAACAGCAGAAACAACAACAGCAACUAAAGCACGAACAACAACAACAACAACAGCAACAGCCAAAGCAGCCACAGCAACAGCAGCAACAGCAGCUUCAGCGGACACGCUUUGUGAUUUCGCUCGGCCGCGUUGUCUUUGUCAUCGACAUGCGAAACAAAUGA